AUGAGGAAUAUUCGACCUUUUGAGUUGGUACUUUUCGCAAUCAUACUUUUAGUAUUUCAGCAAAGAAGGAAAAUUAAGAAAAAAAUUGCUAUUUUAGAAUAUAGCUGGGAAUUUGUUGAAGGAGAUGCUUCCGCCUUAUCCUUGUUUGUGUUAGAUGAAAAAACUUUGAAAGAACACCCAGAAUGUUUCGUAGUUGAAAACUGUAAAGUUUUUCCUUAUCCAGAAGCUUCCUGUAUCAGCGGAGGUUGCGGAAAUGGGGCAAAAUCACUAAAUUCGAAUUUGCCAAAACAAAGACUAAUGUUGGCGAUUGUCAAAGCAAACUUCGACAGCUCUUUGAAAUUAAAAAUCAAAAUCACAUUUGACCCUCCAGACACUCCUAAACCAGAAGUCUCAGGCACUCCUAAACCAGACACUUCCCAUCCCCCUUUAUUAACGCCAACUGUGACACCUCACCCCGGGAAUCUACUUACUGGAGACAUUACUCCAGAUGGAUAUGCCAAUUGUGGAUCUAUCAAAUUCAACGAUUUUAGAGUUUUGUAUUCAAAAGAACAGAAUAAUAUAGAACUAUAUUUAGAAGGCAAUGGUGAAAAUAUUCAAAGUCAAGAUUCAUUCUUCAACGUUCCUGGCACUGGUUCCUAUGCAAUACUUACCCUCCAAGAUGCUGACCAAGGAUGUGUUACAGCCCCUAUUGGUAGCCAAAGCACGGCAUACUCGAAUGGAAUUACUGGAAUCUCAAUGACUAUAGCAUUAGCGUUCAUACUCUUAUCUGCUUCAUUAUUAUUUCUUAGGAGAGAUGUAAAUUACAGUAUUUACCCAAAGAAAUGGUGGUCAAUAGGUGAAGGCAUAACUGACAUUAGUAGAACGACCGAUGAUAAUAUAAAUCGGAACAUACCAUCGUUGAUUCCUAUAAGUGCUACGGCUACUGCCUCGUAUAAUUCAUCAUUAACACAAAUUCCGUCCAUUUAUGAUCUUAUAAGUGUCGCUCAGUGGAUUGUUACUAUAGCAUUGCUUACACUUCCAAAUCUACCAGUUGGUUACCGUCAAUUUGCUUCUAAUUUUGGUUGGUCAACAGGAACAGGUGGUGGAAUAAAUGUCCAAGCUUUUUCCAAUGCCGCCAGUAAUUUGCGAAAGCUAGUGUGUCCUUUAUCACCCGUUGUAUGCACCUCAUCGUUAAAUCAGUUUGACACGUGCCAACCUUGGUUUAAUUCUGAUGUAACACCAGAGCACUUAUUCACUGCAAGUAUAACCAACGGAGACAAAACUUAUUUUCCAGAUCCUACUGGAUUUGAAUCUUACUCAAACGCACUCCAUAUACCAAAUAGUAAUAUAUUCUUUGUCAUGUUCGUAGCAUUAUUAUUAGCUAUUGGUGCAGCUUUAAUUAUCAUGUUAUUGAUCGGUGCUAUAGCAUUUAUGAUGAAAGAAAAAGUAAAGAUUUUUGAAAAAGUCAACAAAAAUAUGCGUUUUUUAGUAUUUGAUGCUGAUCUUCUGUGGAAUGAGAAAUACAAGAUUUUAUUUGGUGUACUAUAUACAGAUUAUUUAAAGGAUCGUGUAUGGUUUGUCAUCCUAAUUAUGGUAUACCAGUUUCUUCGUUCGCUAAUAGUAGCAAUUGGUCACCACAGUGGAAUUGCACAAUUAACAUGUCUUGUCAUCUUGGAAUUUGCGUACUUAAUAACCGUCUAUUAUUUUAAACCAUUUGAACGAAAUUUGGCCAAUAUUUUUAACAUAACACUUUCUGCUGGACGUCUGAUAGUCCUCUUUCUUCUUAUACCAUUCUUGGGUGGUGAUAUUACAAUCACGCCUACAACUCGCUUCUCCUUGGCUAUUGUGUUAAUUAUCAUACAACUUCUAAUGGCAGUUUGUGUUGGUGGAUUGAUCCUCCUCAAUAUCCUCUGUGCUGCUUUUAAGUUCCUGUUUAAAAAGAAUGCUAAAACAGAUGAGAGUGCUGACUUAAAUCAAACACAAGAAGCUGGUGACGAUAAUAACUUAUCUAUUAAGGAAAAAAUUGAUGAUUAA